UCAGAGGGAUAAUUAUUUAUUGCACAAUUUCCUUCGGCCGGACGCGCCCUAGGAAGGCCGCGAGUUUUUGGUUUUGUGACGUCACUUUGUAAGCAGCUGAGUGCGUUGGGAAACUUAAGGAUCACAGUAUGAGCUAACACCGUGUUGGGAUUGAUGCAAGGUCGCAAGAUGAGGCAGCGAGAUGAAGCUAUCUGGAACAAGCUCUACAGUCCAUAGACACAUGGCUUCUGACAGGCCAUGAGCUCCCUGCUGAGCAGUCGGCGUCGCAGGAAGCAUCGCUAUCGGGUGCGCACAGCAAAUCUGCGCGAGGAGCAGCCAGAUUGGGAGGAGGAGCCAGACCCUCGGAACUUUGUCCUGCCACUGGAGGCAUCUCCCGAUGAGGUCCACGACGUCGAAAAUCAACGCCAGUUCCUGGCGGUGCUGGCCUCUCUCCAAGAGCAGGAGGAUCUUGGCCUUCACAUCAAUGAUAAAGGCAACCAAAUCUGCAAGCUCAACUGGGCCGAUUUUGCGCAACGGGUACCGUUCUACUGGACUGAUGACCAUCCCAAUGUCUGCCCGCUCUGUAAGAAGAAGCUCAGUUGUCGCUUCUCCCUCUCCAGACACUACAUUGAUGUUCAUCACAGGGAAGAGAAAAGGCUGCCGCCACCGGCACCGUGUCGCUUCUGCUCCAAAGUUCUAUACAACCAGUCUACUCUCAACCGACACAUCCAGACAGUACACAAGGGCGAGCAGCGCGUGUCGGCCGACAGCGGGUCGGCCGGCGGCGGCGACGGCUCGCUGGAGACGUGUGCCGCCGCUCCCUCCUUUUUCUGCCCGCUCUGCCAAGAACUGCACGCGCACUGGGCGGAUGUGGUGCGACACAUGCAGCUGCUGCAGCCGCCGAGCGAUGAGACGGCCGAGUCACCGCACGUCAACGGCGCCGACCCGCUGCCCUCCGGCCGGUGCCCGCUGUGUGGGCUGGCUGUGCCACAACUGGUCAGUCACAUCCGGGACGCGCACUGUCGCAGCUGCGGCCGCUGCGGCCUCAUCCUGCCCGAGGCCCUGAUGGAGCGCCACCGUACAGCUCACGACCUCAAGAUGGCGUUCUGGUGUCCCGUGUGUGGUCAGCGUGAGGACCAGCGCCAGCGGAUGAUGCACCACAUCGGCGAGCAGCACGAGUACAUCGCCGAGGGCUCCCAGUUCCAGUGCGGCUCAUGCGGCCACGUGCGCUCACAUAACCUCAUCACCCACUGCCUGAAGCACGCACACGACGAUGCCCUCACGGCCUACUGGUUCAAACCGGAUGCGGACCCGCCGCCCGGACGGCGAGUGGAGCCGCAGGUGAUCGGCGAGGGCGCCGGGCACACGCCGCAGGCACCAUGCGACGACGCAGACUCCGACUCGGCACCAGAAGGGAAGGAGGUGGCUCCAGGCGAGGCCAGGAGCUCGCAGAAACUGAACGUCUCCGACGAGGUGGAUGCCGAGACACUGGCGUGCGAGCUCUGUGGGCGGGUGCUGCGCUCCGUCUCGCAGCUGCGCCGUCACCGACGCUACCGGCACGGCGAGUGGCGCGGUCCACUACACUGCGCUCGCUGCUCGCGCCGCUUCUUCUUGGCUGUGCACCUGCGCGUGCACACGUGUCGCUCCAUCAGCUGCGGCUGCACAGUCUGCGCCAGCACGCUGACGUCCUCUAGUCACAGCCUGCGCCAGCUUGCUGGUGUCCUCUAG